UAUAAAGCGAACGUGGUCUCAUUUUGUUUCAUUCCCUCGCCUCCUCUCACUCCUUGGCAGCUCGCGCUUACCCUCUUCUCGGAGAUCUGAAGGAGGAACUCAACCAUGGUUCACGUCGUCUUCUACCGCAAUUAUGGAAAGACUUUCAAGAAGCCAAGACGUCCUUAUGAGAAGGAACGUUUGGAUGCUGAGCUGAAGCUUGUAGGAGAAUAUGGGCUUCGGUGCAAGAGGGAGUUGUGGAGGGUUCAGUAUGCUUUGAGCCGCAUCCGUAAUGCUGCCAGGGAACUUCUUACCCUGGAUGAGAAGAAUCCUCGCCGUAUCUUUGAGGGUGAGGCUCUUCUGCGCAGGAUGAACAGGUAUGGGCUUCUGGAAGAGAGCCAGAACAAGCUCGAUUACGUCCUUGCACUCACUGUUGAGAACUUCCUUGAGAGGCGUCUUCAGACCCAAGUGUUCAAAUCUGGUAUGGCCAAGUCCAUCCAUCACGCCAGGGUUCUCAUCAGGCAAAGGCACAUCAGGGUUGGAAGGCAGGUGGUGAACAUUCCAUCAUUCAUGGUGAGAAUUGAUUCUGAGAAGCACAUCGACUUUGCCAUCACAAGUCCCCUUGGAGGAGGCCGCCCCGGAAGAGUGAAGAGAAGGAACCAGAAGGCCGCUGCUAAGAAGGCAGCUGGUGGUGAUGGAGAUGAGGAAGAUGAGGAAUGAGCAAAGGAUACAGACAUUUAGGCUUUAUGGCAUUUGAAUCUCAUUUAAGUUUAUGCUCCUUUUGGCUUCUUGCUAGUUACCUUCCCAGACUUGAGUUUAUUAUUGUAGUGAAUGUUUGUCAAACUAUCCUGUUCUGGUUUUAAUUCGCGUUAGAACUCCAUGUUUUGCUUUGAACAUCCCCAUAUAGCUGGUCUUAAGUAAUGAAUUUUGUGGUAGCUUAUUCCUAUUGUUUCUUUCA